AUGUUGAGAAAGGCCAGUAGCAACAUGCAGGGGAGAGAGGACCUACUGCUCGUGUCGUUGAGGAGCUUCUAUGAUGUCCCGAACAACGCGGCCAUUCUGCUCAACAUUUUACAGCAGAAGAAGGGUUUGCCGUCCCUUCGGAUCCUCGAUUGGCUCAUAACGAACUUCAGCAGGACGAAGAUGGUAUUCCAUUCGGCGACUGAUGCCAAGGGCAACCGCAGGCAGAUGUCUAUAUCCACAAAUUACCGCCUGCAACUGAGGGCGUACUCAAAGAGACGGUUCGAUCCGUUCUGCCGGCGAGAGCGCAUCCUGUUCCCUAUUAUCGAUCCUCGAGCAGAGGUUUCCGCUCCAGCGAGCAGGAUGCCGCCGCAAGAUGUGUCCAUGCCCAAAGAAGCUUGUCUGAAGGAUGUGCGGGCGGAAGAUGCGGACAGGGUGCACGAGCUUGUCACGA